AUGAAAGUAACACCUGAUGUUAAAGAUAGUGCAACACUAAACUUUGCGUUCACGUGGUAUCCAAUCGUUUUUAUACAGAUUGCGUAUUCGUGCACAACGUCUACAUUAGCAUAUUAUGCAUUGUACAUUGUUAUUUUCAAGGAUAUACAAUCAGUCACCAAGUCCAAGGAAAGGAGAGCGAAAAGCCACAUCAUGGCGUCGACUCCCGAAUAUCAGCUGCGACCAGAAUUCGCCCACGAGAGCCAGUGUGCCGUCGGGAAAAAAAAAGGAUCACCGAAGCUGAGGAUUGUUUCAGAUCAAAUGAGAUUACUGGUAUUCGUAAUGGCCACCUUUGGGUAUUUCGCUGAUGCCAGUGGCGUGCCAAUCUACGGCCUACACACGGAGUCGCCGCCGCAGCAGGGGAUGACGUGGCUGCAAAAGGACCUCGCGAUACAGGAGCCUUCGGAGCACAUCACGGUCUGCCUUCACAUGCGCCUGCACUUCGUCUACACAGAUCCUGCGAUCGUGCUGUACAUCGAUGGCACUUUCUUCGCUGUAGUGUACGAAGGGAAGUUCGCUCUGUUCAACGCACGCUACUUCUGGUCCAGCGACACCGCCCCCUCAGUAAGGGCGUGGUCGCACCUGUGUUACGUAUUCGGAGCAGAGCCGGGCGUGGCGGUGGGCGGGCGCUACGUACCAGGCCGGCGGCAGGGGGAUCUCGGUGACCCCAUGCCCAUUGUGGCGCCGAGAAACCUGACUCUCGGGACGCCUUUAGGAGCAUCGGAUCCCUUAUCCUCCAGCCCCGUCGGAGGAUUCUUCACAGUUCCGAGAGUCUAUACAAGGAAGCUCACAGAAGACGAGAUGCGGACCCUCGCUGAGUGCGGCGAAGGCCCCUACGGUGACCAGGUCGCGGGGUCAUGGCAGGUCAGGUGGACGCAAUGGGAGGGUCCUGAAAGCGCUCACACUGUAGACCUCGGCACCGUGCCCGACACACUCGUCUCACCCUUGAAUUACGAAGCUUAUGAAUUCCAUAACUUGACACCGUCGGCUCUGUUCGGCAACGUCCCCUCAGAGGCCAUGUGCUCCCCUCAGCCCCGCUCCAAGUACAUGCUGGUGCGCGCCGACAAGGUCUCCUACCCGCCGGCGGAGAGGCUCUGCUCGGUGUAUGGCGGGCGACUGCCGGAGACUUUCGACGAACCCAUGGUCUCGCACAUGAAGCAGGUGAUGAACACCCUACCUGACUUGAUGCUGUUUACGUGGAUUAAAUCGAACGGCAACAAGACGUGCAGGUCGCUGGGCAUCCAAGCCAGGAAGGACGUUGCUCUCGACAUGUCCAUCGGCUGCGGACACACGUCUCGGCAGCUGCUUUGCGAAGUGCCCUGGUCAUCAUACGUGGAGCUCCGGCACAGCGGACCAGCCGGUUACGACGACCGCUUCUUCCUGCUCACUCGCGGAACACGGCCGGUAUUCCUCUCCCAAAACGGACGUCAGAUCGUGGGCGACGGAGCGAGCGGGACCGAACUGAAGCUCCUGGACAGCGACGGCGAGGUCCUGGCCACCGCGAGGACCGCCCGGAGAUUCCACCCGAUGGGACGCCAUGUGUGGAGGGACGCCGCCACCAACGCCACCAGGACGAUGGUUCUCUCGGCGUGCGGACAGACGGAAUUCACGUGCGACGACGGCUGGUGCGUGCCCCUGUCCACCCGCUGCGACGGCGCCAACGACUGCGGCGACGACUCCGACGAAGCGUGUUCCCUUCUGCUGCCUCUCCCUCCGACGUACCGCGCCGACCGCCCCCCGCUCCCACGCACGCCGCUGUCUCUGCUCGUCCGCUUGGUCCGAGUGCAUGAUGUGGAUGUGGCUAACAACCUCCUCACCGCUUGGCUACAGCUGGAAACCAGGUGGAGAGACGAGCGGGUUCUCUUCUCCCAGCUGAGCAACGAGGCCAUGGAUAAUAUCCUUCCACAGCCGGAUAAAGUCUGGAGUCCCAUGUACGACCUGGAUAACGCUGUGUUCCAGGAUAAGGUGGCCUACCUACACGCAAAAUUUUCGUCACGGAAGCGACAGCGGGGAACUGUAUUGGGGAUACGAAGAAGUACUGCUUUCUGUAUCACGUGGUAUGUGUAUAAUGCAAGUGUGGAAGCCGAGUUGCAGAGGCGUGAGGAUUUCAUGGCUUCCUAUAUCUGCAAUUUUGACCUCUCUCUGUUCCCCUUCGACGUGCACGAGUGUCAUGUCAACAUUUCGGUCAUGAACCACGGCUCCUUCUACUCCAGCUUCGAUCCUCAGGACAUCAAGAUCGUCUCUUCGGCAUCUUCUCUGACCUUAUUCCAAGCGUCAGAACUGCGAUACCGCUACGUCGACGCCAACGAGAACGUCACUGCAAUUAGUCUAAGGGUAGAGCCAUUUGUACACAGAGCAUAUGUAGGAUUUUUUUCUGUCACUCCCCGAGCUGUUCAAAUACUGCUGAGACGUCAGUAUGGGGCCUACCUCUUCACCACCUUUCUGCCUUGCUGGAUCCUUGGCAUCAUCGGCUUUGGGACCCUUUACUUCAAGAGACAAGACUUCAGUGACAGAAUUGGCGUGACUCUCUCCUGCCUCAUCGUCAUCGCUGCUCUCUUCUCUCAAAUCACCUUCACGAUCCCGCAGUCAUCUUCCCCGAAGGUCAUCGACGUCUACUUCUUCUACUUCAUCGUCCGCCUCUUCAUCACCUUCGCCCACCACGGCAUCUUCGCCUUCCUCCGCGGCGCCAGAGCAAGGGAAAUCGCCGACCGUGAAGACAGCGCCUCGGAGGACCCAUCUUGCGGCACGAGGAACCACCCUCACGUCGGGGAGGACUUCGAAAAGGAGAAGUUCGAAGUCCUGGCCAGCGACGGGGAACCUCGUUCACAUCGAAGUCCAAUAGCAAUGAAAAGGACUCAGAAAAGGCCUUGGGGAAAGUGCUCCUGUCGUCCCCGAAUGCCGUCGUGCGUAACGCAUCGGCUUUGGUCGUCUAAGGCGCCGUCGUGCGCUCAGGCCUUCAACGUCGCGGGAAUCGUCUGGUGCAUCGCCAUCGACCUGGCUUGUAUGACCCUUUUAUUUUGCUGGAUUUACAGCGCUCGCCAGGGAGCCGCGCGCACCUUUGAAGAGAAUCGACUCUAA